UCACUUCCAUUUAAACCUCUGUGCCCGGCCUGGGCUCUCCUAGUGGUUAGUGAAUCCCUGCCAUUGGAACCGUCUCCCCAAACUCUUUCUAAUGGGUGUGAGACAGGAUUUUGGCCCUUGAAAUCAGAGCCCUGUUCACUACAUCCUGCUCAGUUAAGUAAAACCAGUUCACACCUUUAUUCUGCCCUUCCAGCCCCCUUAUUCCCUUGUGCCUGCCCUGCCCCUGGAGUGGCCGACCAUGAGCACCAUGGCCAAUGUGGACAGCCUCCCAGAAUAUGAGAAGAGUCAGAUCAAGAGAGCCCUGGAGCUGGGCACAGUCAUGACCGUGUUCAGCUCCCGCAAGUCUACCCCGGAGCGGAGGACCGUCCAGGUGAUCAUGGAGACGCGGCAGGUGGCCUGGAGCAAGACCGCCGACAAGAUCGAGGGUUUCUUGGACAUUAUGGAGAUAAAGGAAAUCCGCCCGGGGAAGAACUCCAAGGAUUUCGAGCGUGCGAAGGCAGUCCGCCAGAAGGAAGACUGCUGCUUUUCCAUCUUUUACGGCACCCAGUUCGUCCUCAGCACACUCAGCUUAGCAGCUGACUCUAAGGAAGAUGCAACUAAGUGGCUCUCUGGCUUGAAGAUCUUACACCAGGAAGUGAUGAGCGCGUCCACACCCACCAUCAUUGAGAGUUGGCUGAGAAAACAGAUUUAUUCUGUGGACCAAACCAGGAGAAACAGCAUCAGCCUCCGAGAGUUGAAGGCCAUCUUGCCCCUGGUCAACUUCAAAGUGAGCAGCGCUAAGUUCCUCAAAGAUAAAUUUGUGGAAAUAGGCGCGCACAAGGAUGAACUCAGCUUUGAACAGUUCCAUCUCUUCUAUAAGAAACUUAUGUUUGAACAGCAAAAAUCGAUUCUGGACGAAUUCAAAAAGGAUUCCUCCGUGUUCAUCUUGGGCAACACGGACCGGCCAGAUGCCUCUGCUGUUCACCUGCAUGACUUCCAGCGGUUUCUCUUACAUGAACAGCAGGAGCUUUGGGCUCAGGAUCUGAACAAAGUCCGUGAGCGGAUGACGAAGUUUAUCGACGACACGAUGAGAGAAACUGCUGAGCCCUUCUUGUUUGUGGAUGAGUUCCUCACGUACCUGUUUUCACGGGAGAACAGCAUUUGGGAUGAGAAGUAUGACAUGGUGGACAUGCAGGACAUGAACAACCCCUUGUCUCAUUACUGGAUCUCCUCGUCACAUAACACGUACCUUACGGGUGACCAGCUGCGAAGCGAGUCGUCCACCGAGGCAUACAUCCGCUGCCUGCGGAUGGGCUGCCGCUGCAUCGAGCUGGACUGCUGGGACGGGCCGGACGGAAAACCCAUCAUCUACCACGGCUGGACGCGGACCACCAAGAUCAAGUUUGAUGACGUCGUGCAGGCCAUCAAAGACCAUGCCUUUGUCACCUCGAGCUUCCCGGUGAUCCUGUCCAUCGAGGAGCACUGCUGUGUGGAGCAGCAGCGCCACAUGGCCAGGGUGUUCAAGGAGGUGUUUGGCGACCUACUGCUGACUAAGCCCACGGAGGCCAGUGCCGACCAGCUGCCCUCGCCCAGCCAGCUGCGGGAGAAGAUUAUCAUCAAGCAUAAGAAGCUGGGUCCCCGCGGCGACGUGGAUGUCAACAUGGAGGACAAGAAGGAUGAGCACAAGCAGCAGGGUGAACUGUACAUGUGGGAUUCCAUCGACCAGAAAUGGACUCGGCACUACUGUGCCAUUGCUGAUGCCAAGCUGUCCUUCAGCGAUGACAUUGAACAGAAUGUGGAGGACGAACUGCCCCCGGACAUACCCCCCACAGAGCUGCAUUUUGGGGAGAAGUGGUUCCACAAGAAGGUGGAGAAGAGGACGAGUGCGGAGAAGCUGCUGCAGGAAUAUUGCGCCGAGAUGGGGGGCAAGGAUGGGACCUUCUUGGUGCGGGAGAGCGAGACCUACCCCAAUGACUACACCCUGUCCUUCUGGCGGUCGGGCCGCGUCCAGCACUGCCGGAUCCGCUCCACUAUGGAGGGCGGGAUCAUGAAGUACUACCUGACUGACAACCUCAUGUUCACCAGCAUCUACGCCCUCAUCCAGCACUACCGGGAGACGCACCUGCGCUGUGCCGAGUUCGAGCUCCGGCUGACUGACCCCGUGCCCAACCCCAACCCCCACGAGUCUAAGCCGUGGUACUACGAUGGACUGAGUCGUGGAGAAGCAGAGGACAUGCUGAUGAGGGUUCCCCGGGACGGGGCCUUCCUGAUCCGGAAGCGGGAAGGUACUGACUCCUAUGCCAUCACCUUCAGGGCCAGGGGCAAGGUGAAGCACUGCCGCAUCAACCGGGACGGCCGGCACUUCGUGCUGGGCACCUCCGCCUACUUCGAGAGCCUCGUGGAGCUGGUCAGCUACUACGAGAAGCAUGCGCUGUACCGGAAGAUGAGGCUGCGCUACCCCGUGACCCCCGAGCUCCUGGAGCGGUAUAACAUGGAAAGAGAUGUCAACUCCCUCUAUGACGUCAGCAGAAUGUAUGUGGACCCCAGUGAAAUCAAUCCUUCCAUGCCUCAGAGAACCGUGAAAGCUCUGUAUGACUACAAAGCCAAACGCAGCGAUGAGCUGAGCUUCUGCCGUGGCGCCCUCAUUCACAACGUCUCCAAGGAGCCCGGGGGCUGGUGGAAAGGAGACUACGGAACCAGAAUCCAGCAGUACUUCCCGUCCAAUUACGUCGAGGACAUUUCGACAGCUGAUGUGGAGGAGCUGGAAAAGCAGAUUAUUGAAGACAAUCCCUUAGGGUCUCUUUGCAGAGGAAUACUGGAUCUGAACACCUAUAAUGUUGUAAAAUCCUCACAGGGGAGAAACCAGAAGUCUUUUGUGUUCACCUUGGACCCCAAGAAGCAGGGCGAUCCUCCAGUAGAGUUUGCCACGGACAGCGUGGAGGAGCUGUUUGAGUGGUUUCAGAGCAUCCGGGAGAUCACCUGGAAGAUAGACACCAAGGAGAACAACAUGAAGUACUGGGAGAAGAACCAGUCCAUCGCCAUCGAGCUCUCGGACCUGGUCGUCUACUGCAAACCCACCAGCAAGACCAAGGACAACCUGGAAAACCCCGACUUCCGAGAAAUCCGCUCUUUCGUGGAGACGAAGGCUGACUGUGUUGUCCGACAGAAACCUAAUGAUCUCUUGAAAUACAAUCAAAAGGGCCUGACCCGCGUCUACCCCAAGGGACAGAGGGUGGACUCCUCCAAUUACGACCCCUUCCGCCUCUGGCUGUGCGGCGCCCAGAUGGUGGCACUCAAUUUCCAGACCGCAGAUAAGUACAUGCAGUUGAAUCACGCCCUGUUUUCCCUCAAUGGGCGGACGGGCUACGUCCUGCAGCCCGAGAGCAUGAGGACAGAGAAGUAUGACCCCAUGCCGCCCGAGUCCCAGAGGAAGAUCCUGAUGACGCUGACAGUCAAGGUUCUCGGGGCUCGCCAUCUCCCCAAAACUGGACGAAGUAUUGCAUGUCCCUUUGUGGAGGUGGAAAUCUGCGGAGCUGAAUAUGACAACAACAAGUUCAAAACAACAGUUGUGAAUGACAACGGCCUAAGCCCUGUUUGGGCUGCAACCCAGGAGAAGGUGACGUUUGAAAUCUAUGACCCGAACCUCGCAUUUCUGCGCUUUGUGGUUUACGAGGAAGACAUGUUCAGUGAUCCCAACUUCCUGGCUCAUGCCACUUACCCCAUUAAAGGAAUCAAAUCAGGAUUUAGAUCUGUUCCUCUGAAGAACGGGUACAGUGAAGACAUUGAGCUGGCUUCCCUCCUGGUUUUCUGUGAGAUGCGGCCAGUCCUGGAGAGCGAAGAGGAGCUUUACUCCUCCUGCCGCCAGCUGCGGAGGCGCCAGGAAGAGCUCAACCACCAGCUCUUUCUGUAUGACACACACCAAAACUUGCGCAAUGCCACCCGGGAUGCCCUCGUUAGGGAGUUCAAUGUCAACGAGAACCAGCUGCAGCUGUACCAGGAGAAGUGCAACCGCAGGUUAAGAGAGAAGAGAGUCAGCAACAGCAAGUUUUACUCGUAGAAGCUGGGGGACAUGUGUCCGAGUGUCGUGUGCACGCGUGUGUUGAAUGUGCUCUCUUCAGACCCUGGGAACGCGCUCAUCCGUGAGGUCCUCCUCUCUUCAGGCCUGCCAUCAGGAUGACAUUUCUGAAGAAGACCCACUUGGCAUGAUUGGGAGUGAUUUCCUACUAAUUUUUUCAUCUUGGACAAGUUCUUAACUUAUAUUCUCUAUAGGGGAUCCCCAAAACAUGCCCAUUUGGGGCCUCUCGUGUUCCAAACCUCAUUGAAUAAAAGUAGUGAAAAUCUUGAUCAGUUAAAAGCUUCUGUGCACAACCUUUAGAGCGAGCAGGAGUCCUUUUCUGGCCUCUAAAGACCCAGGUAAUUGACUUCCAUGGAAGAUGAGCCCGACAUGUAAGGAACUAAUUCGUUAGAUUCUUAUGAGGAGUUUAACUCAGAGGCAAACGAUUUCACAAUUAAGGCCACUGGAUUUCACCAGGGCCCAAAGAGGAGCCCUAGCCCCACCCCUGGUCAAAACACUUUACCACCAGCUAUCUAGCUGGUAGACAGACCUGCUGCCAUCCAGGAGAGGAGGCCGUGGGUGGAAUCUGUUCAUUAAGACAGAGACUUGCUUUGUGACUGGAGUUAUUUGGGUCAAGGUUGGAAAUCUUGGGGUCUCUGUGACUCACAGCCAGUUGGAGAUCAGAGAGCCCUGAAGGCUCAGCCAGCUCCUGACUCACUCCUGCUCUGUCUGCUCACAAGCCGUUGCACAACCUCUGGGAGGCUCUGUCUGCAGUGCCCGAGGAUAAGAGGUCACUAUUAAACUACUCAUCAGAGUUAGGCUCUCUGAGCCUUAGGAAACUACAGAAAAAUCUCAGAUGUGGCCACCUCCAACGGGGCAGACCCACCCAGGACAAGAUGAUUCUCUCCUACAUCUUGAGAUGCCACUUAAUGAUGUGCACAGUGUGAUGAUUUAACAAGGCUUUUUAAAGAUAGCUUGUGUUGGGCGGGGGGUGGUCAGCAGAGUCUCAACUUGAUCAGAGUAAAUGGAGCACCGACUUGGGAGGAAAAAGGUAUAACUAUGGGGAAAAAGUGAUUGUGUUUGGCAAGAACUAACUAGCAGUCAGCCUGGCUUUACCUGGAUAGAACUGUGUCCUAGAAACCCACUCAGCCCUCUGCCUAUUACCUGGGCUUAGCGUGCAGGUAUUGCUGAAGAGUGCAUUAAAACCAGCCCAGCUCCAUCUGAUCAGAAGACCAAAUCCCUUCAUUCCACACAAGUUUAGCAACUGCCAUAUGCCACACACUUACACUGAAGUCUGGGGUUACAAUCUUUAAAAAAAAAAUUAAGGGGAAAAAAAGCCAUGCCUACUGGUCUCAUGGAAUAUACCCAUGUGCAUCUAAAAGAAAUACAUUUUCUCUUCCAUGAAGCCAGGAGUAUACCUAAUAGCAGCCUGACCAAGGUAGGCCUGUUGUGACAGUUAUUCCUUGAGUUGGAGGUGCUAUUGUAUUUGGCAUUCAGCAACUGAGGGAAGAACAUUCCUGAUGGUAGCAAAUGUUCAAAGGAACUUUCAAAAAAAAAAGGCACUGAGUUCAAUGGUGCAGGGAAGGCGGUCUCAGAUUCUGCAGCCAGUGCCCCAUUAGCUGUUGGCCAGGUAGCCACUGGAGCCUAAUUAUUGCACCCCCUACCCCCCCAGGCUCCAUCUGGCUCCACUGUUACCUUUGCACAGCUUAGGAGUUGAUAUCAUUACCUCUGUUUUCAGCCCAGGGGUGAGGAAAAGACGUAAACCUUCCCACUUCAUUCCAUUUUAAAGCCAAAAAGCUAAGACCCAGAUCCUCUUGUAAAAUCCAUACCCAGCCAUGCAGAGAAAGAGCAGGAGGAAGACAGGGGCUGUCCUCUAAAUGGUGCUGGAAGAGCCCUCUCCCCUAAAACUGGCUCCUCCUCCUAGGUGCUUCAGUGACUUGAAUCCACCAUUAGAGAGUAUUUGCAUUCAAACCACCAAUUCUCCCCUCAAUAGAGUGACACAUUAAUCUGAUUCUCAGGAAAGACACAGAGAGGUUAAGAUUCUUGGGAAAGACAGAGAGAAAGUUAAGGGCACAGAUGACAUCACUGCUCUUCCCAAGUCUGCUGGGAUGCCACAUAACCUAAGUAUAAAAUAUCUAGCUGAGUUUGUGCUUUCUCAGCCAUGUAAUGAGCAGAGCCAAUUCAGGUCAAGCAGAAUAGUGACAGGGACAUUCUGAAAGAUGGCAGCAAAUAUUGAUGGGUCCAAACUGUGACUGCCUAUGUGUUAAAUUGUCUUUGUUGACCAUUUCCCUUAUUACUGAGAAUAUCAGUUAUUACAUGGAAAAAGAAAUAGAGGAGGCUGGUUAGAUCAUUUGAGUUCAGGAAAUUUAGGGUAUAGAGAGUCAAUUUCUCUACUGUAAAGCGUGGAUAUUCUAAAAUGCACAUUUACCAAAUUUGAUCUCUGACCCUUUUGCCAAGGAAUAUUUUAUGGGACUAGUUACAGUGGAAUACAUUUGAGGACGUGCUGCUCUAUUAAGAAGAUAACAUAGUUAAUAAAUUUAUAUGCUUUAUGACAUAGUUAAAUAUAAAAUCUGAACAAGCCACCAUGGCCAGUGAUCUUUAAACUGGGCUAGGCCUACCCCGAGCAGUUUACCAGAGCUUUCCAAGGAGUCUCAGACUGAAACAGUUUUAGGGAAUCCAUUUUCAGAUCCUUAUCUUCCUCUUGUUCUCUUUCUUGAGACCCAUAUGCUCGCGACAGUGCUCUUUUCUCCCCUUAAUGAAGAAGACAGAUCUUUCCCCAUAUUCAGUUUUACUGCAGAGCAUGACUCAAGAUGUGAAAUUCAAAAUAUGGUGUUUGGAAAGUGAGAGCCUCUAAACAGGAUACAAAUCCUUCUGCCUUCUGGUGGUCCCCAAUUCUGUCAACAAAAUUGAAGGAAUGCCCGAUAUUUCUGAGUAUUUAUUGUAGCAUGUAAUUCUGAAGGAGUUGACAGAAUUCUGUUACGCUGCUACCACAAAACCCCUUCUGUUCCCAUCUCUGUGUGAACAAGGAUCAUCAACAUUUCCUUAUAUAAAACUGUGGCCAUUCUAACAAAGAUAAUAAUAAUAAACACAGAGAUAAAACAAUUCGGGGGAGAAGCCUUCUUAAACUGAUUAAGGGAUACAUUGGCAAUGCUAUUUUACUCUGUUUAGCAGUUUAUUAAAAUGUGCACUGUUUGUUUAUUCAUCAAGCUCAAUCCAGAAGAAAUUUAAAAAUAUGUAGGUCCUUAUGAUGAUAGGAUACUAGGUAAUUUUAUUACAGAUGUGCAACUAAACAACAUAAAUGCCAAGAAAAAUUAGGCUAAAUUGAAAGGAGAAUAUAACCUUUUAUCCAAAGAUGCAGCAGUAUGUACAAUAUGCUAGCACUUUUAUAUCCAUUGCCACAAUUUGUGAUGAAAAAUUUGAGAUAUCAAUUUAAAAUUGUGUAAGGGGAUACACAGGUUUUCAAAAUUCACUCAAGAGGUCUCUGAGCAUAAAAUUUUAAGACUGCUGACCUAGGGCCACUAAAGAUAAAUUGUAUUUGGAAAUAAGGAUGGCUAAAACGGGCUUUAGUUCUUUUAAUUUUUUACAAGAAAUGUAACUUAAUUUUCAACUUAGGUGACAUCUAACUUUUUGGAGACAACCCUAAAAGCCGUAUUAUUGCCAACAGAAAGUUAAUAAGUACAUUCAGAAAUACGCAGAUUACAAACGGGCAUUUGAAAAAUAAUCAAUAAUUUAUCUCAGGCUUUUCAUUCUCAAAAUAUUUCUUUCUUGCAGAGCCAGAUUCCACAGUGAUCCUGUCUCAGAAAUGUCCAAAUUUCUUAUUUCUCAAUAGGCUUUAAAAAGCUGCAUUUGUAAACUUGUGUUUUAUUAUUAAAGCUUAAUUUAUUUUUUAUAUAGAGUGUGUGCUUGGGUGUAAAGAAUCAUGUGAAUGAGCCACACAAAUGUUGGCAGUUGUUAAUGUGAAAAUAAAAUGGCUCUGUCACAGUUCUAAAAAAUAAAAAAUUGAUCUAAUUGAAUAUA